AUGUUUAUUUCUUUUCACCAUCUCUCUUUUCUUACUCCAGUCAUUUUCAGUGAAUGGCAAUCGUUUAGUAACUUUGUUUUUAUUGUAAAGAAAAAUUUCCAACUUCUCUUUGUAAAAAUGGAGAGUCUUUAUCACCAAACCAACAAAGUAAUUCAGGAAGUUCAAAAUGAUUUGUCUCUGCUGGAACGGGCAACUGGCCAGAAUGUGCACAUUGUGGAAAAUGAAAUCCAAGCACACAUUGACAUGAUCACCAGCCAUUGUGAACGAUUAGAUAUGUUGGUCAACAAAGAACCAGUAAGUCGGAGAGCCAAUGCCAAAAUGCGAGUUGAUCAACUGAAGUAUGACUGUCAGCACCUUCAAGCAGCCAUGAGACACUUACAACACAAACGAUAUCAACGUGAAGAGGAAGAACGAGAACGCACAGCUCUGUUGUCAAGAAAAUUCACUCCCAAUGAACAAGACACUUCAAUUGAAAUGGAUCAUGCUUUAAGGCACAACACCCAAUUGCAGAAUUCUCACCGAGGUUUAGAUGAUUUGCUUGUGGCUGGCAGUAGUGUGUUGGGCAGUUUGAGGGAACAGUCAGUAACAUUGAAAGGAACACAAAAGAAGAUUCUAGAUAUUGCCAACAUGCUUGGUCUAUCCAACACUGUCAUGAGACUGAUUGAAAAACGGACAUCACAGGACAAGAUCAUUCUUUUCGUCGGCAUGUUUGUCACUGUCCUUAUAAUGUAUAUAGUCAUUGCUUACCUCAUCUGA